AUGUCGCCCAUCUGUGUUGUCACCAUGAUCCGGCGUAAGACCGAGGCCCAGCUUAUGCGCUGGAAGGCAGCUGGCUCUGGUGAGAAGAGAGCUCUUGUCAGGCUUAAUCAGGGGCGAAUUAGUCGUCUUAGCCGGCGUAAGGCCGAGGCCCGGCAUCGUGCUGGGAAGGCAGCUGGCUCUGGAAGACCUAGUACUGUGUUCUCGGCCGAGUCUAGGGCACAGAAUCUAUCGGUGCUGGUGAAGAAGAACAAAUUAAUAAGUUUUUGCAGCGCAGAAUGGCCGACCUUCCAUGUAGACUGGCCCUCAGAAGGCACCUUUGACUUGGGAACUGUACACCAAGUCCGAGAUAUCGUCUUCCGACCGCAGAUCGGACACCCUGACCAAGCCCCCUCCUUGGGCUGUGCUGACGGCCGGCAGCGGCAGUGGCCCCUGAUUCAGUCUUCACAGGAGCAGAUGGCGGUGCCUGUCUCCUGUCAGCAUGGCCCCUUCCUGGCCGUCAGUUUGACCACGCACCAGGUGGUCUCGCAGGCAGCAGUGAGCCGUCCUGAACUGAAUGUGGGGAGCCCGGAUGAGAACCAGGAGUCCUCGCUGCCAGACCAGCAGGGGCCAGAGGGACGGCUGACAUUCCAGGAUGUGGCCAUAGACUUCACUCAAGAGGAGUGGGAAUGCCUGGACCUCGGGCAGCGAGAAUUGUACAGGGACGUGAUGUUAGAGAACUACAGGAACCUGGCCUCCUUGGGUCUUGUGGUCUCUAAGCCAGACCUGGUCACCUUUCUGGAGCAAAUGAAGACUCCCUGGGAUGUAAGGAGACUGGAGACACCAGCCGUAUACACAGCUGUGUCCUCUCACAACACCGGUGGUUUGAUGUCAAAGAAUCCAAGAUUAGAAAAUUUAAUCCAAAAAGCAAACCUAGGAAUAUUUGAAAGAGCUUACCUUGGAAACGAACAUUUAAUGAAAGACCAGGAAUAUAUGGGGGUAUGUGAAAGACCGAGAAGAUGUUUAUAUGGACAGAAAGAAACCGAGACACUUUCACACAGUGUGGACAUUACUGCCAAAAGAAAUGAGCAAUGUGAGUCAAACUGUGGAAAACACCCAUUUCAGUUAUCAACAUCUGCAGAGCAGUGUAUCUCUUCAAGCAAAGGCUUAAAUCAGUUUUUGAAACAUGCACAUUCUCUGAAGGGAAAUGUGGAAAAUCUGGAAAGUCAUCCAGUCUCUACUGCAAAUACUCAUGCAAACCACUCUGAACACAGGCUGCGAUUACACAUACAUUCAAGCACGUCUGAAAACCAGAAAUUUAAAAAUGAUGGGGAAAAGUCACAAAAUAAUCAGUUUGAGGGAUCUGUGAACAAGGGAUCAUUAUUCUUCCAUCAACAGACAGUUUCUCUCUGUUCCAAAAUGUGUAAUGUUGAUAUUAAUGGAAGAGAGUUAAUCCCACCAUCACUGUUCAAUACACAUCAUGAUACGGUUAAUACGGAACAACUUCUCACGUGUAAUAACACGAGUCAGGACUUAAGUAAGAGCUCUACCCCCAAUAAUUACAAGAAUAUUUACGGUGGAGUGAGAAGCCAUUCAUGCAAUGAAACUGGGUGUAAAACUGAACAAGACUCUCACCCUAUGAAACAUCAGGGACCUCAAUCUUCAGACAAAGAUUCUAACAAUAGUACAUGGAGGAAUAUCUUUUACCAAACAUCAGGUUUUCCACUAAAUGAGAGUGCACACACUGAAGAGAAGAUUUACAAUUGUGAAUAUGGUGAUGUCUCUAAUCAGUCUUCAAAUCUCACUCAACAGCAGAGUUUUCAGAAUCCGCAGAAAAGUUACAAGUGUACAAAAUGUGAGAAAGCCUUUACUAACUCAUCCAGUCUAAGCAGACACAGGAAAAUUCAUUCAGGAUGGAAACCUUUCAAAUAUACAGAGUGUGGUAACACCUCUAAUCAGAAUUCAGAGCUUAGUCACCAUCAGCAAAUCCACACUGGCAAGAAACCUUAUGAAUGUAAAGAAUGUGAAAAAGCAUUUAUGUGUUACUCAAACCUUAGUAGACAUCAGCGCAUUCACACUGGGGAGAGGCCUUAUAAAUGUACAGAGUGUGGCAAAGCCUUUAAUCAGAAGUCAUGUCUUACUGAUCACCAGAGAAUUCAUACUGGAGAGAAGCCUUAUAAAUGUAAAGAAUGUGGAAAAGCCUUCAGUCAGUACUCAAAUCUUACUCAACACCAGAGAAUUCAUACUGGGGAGAGGCCUUAUAAAUGUAAGGAUUGUGGCAAAGACUUUAGCAAGCACUCAGGUCUAACUUACCAUCAGAGAAUUCAUACUGUAGAGAAAGCUUAGAAAUGUAAAGAAUGUGGAAAAGCCUUCAUCAAGCACUCACGUCUUACUCACCAUCAGAGAAUUCAUACUGGAGAAGUGGCAAAGGCUUUAAUCUGA